CUACGCACUUUCGUCACUGAAUUCAAAUUCGUGACUCCUGCUCUCGACGAUCUCACCUCGCACGGCAAACAAGAUCCGACAACAACUCCGACAUUUGGAAAGAGGAACGAAGAUCCCUCACAUGGUGCUCCCAGAACAAAUGACCCAGCAGUUAGGCUCCUAUGUUUGCGCAUUCGCUGGCUUACCCAUCAUCCCAUGCACAAACAUGAUCGCAACUAACGAAGAUACCUCAAGAUAUAAUUCCACCCCGGCAUAUCGAGCUCCGGAAGCGGCAAAGCAAAGCGAUCAAAGACCUCCUGAGGGUCGCGCCGUCCAGCCAUUACCGAGGCCUCCAUCGUCGCAGAUGCCGCCAUCUACCGAGCGACCACGGUCACGCCGGUCCGCCCACAAAUCCUCAUUGCCUACCCCGCCGCCAGCAGGAUUCGCAUCCGAACCCCAGCCUCGACGGACCUCAUUGCCUCACGCAACCAGCAUUUCGUCAAAUACUAUCCAUCCACCGCCAACACCAACCGUAGUAUACGUUGAGCUGCUGGUCUUCCCGGACGACCUCCCAGGCCACCGUGCCGCCACCGAGCCACCACAAGCCUACAUAACGCUUACGCAAGGGCCGCACCACACGCCUAUCGCGGAACUUUGCAAUCUGAUCAGACGAUGCCCACAAUUCAGACCCUAUCUAAAUGCUCUAGAGAAACGGCAUACGCUCACGUUCAGCAUCACGAAAUCCCGACGGAAUCUCGACGAGUGUGACCGUUGGAUGAUAGCCGGGACACCUGACGUGUGGGCGGGCGUCUCGGACGAAGUUGUUGCGUGCACUGGUGAUAUGCAGCAGCUGGGGCCGAGUGGGGUGGUGGAGUUGUGGUGUUUAGCGGAACUUGGGGCCGGGAAGAACGAAAAACGGCCGUCAUUAGGGAAAUUGGGCAUGAAAGAAGCUGCGGUAAGGGACGACGGCACUGUUCUUGCUUCUCGAUUGAUGGCCUUCACUGACACUGUGUUUCUUUAUCAGAAUGUUGCCGUGGCAGACAUCACGCAAGCGCUAAAGAAAACGGAUUUCCGGUUUGGAAAAAUCUUUAAGUUUGGUAGUGCCGGAAAGAUUGGGGUGGAGUAAUGCGAAUCAUUGAAUAUACAGUACGUAGUCUUCAUGUGUUGUUCCUUCGCAUAGCUUCCUGCUGCGAGCGCAUCUUGCAUAGGUCCCUUCUUGGGAAAGUCCUAUUGUCCAACAUU